GUUAUGAGGGUGCGUGUGUAAAUGGACGUUUACUAGUGGAGAAUAUACAUUUUCGCUAAUUUUAACAUAUGCAUGCAAAAAUCAAAGUCAUUGAAAGUUCUUUGAAUUUUUUCAUUUAGGGUUCAGCUUUGUGUAUAUAUAACCAACCCUCAUUAGAUCCGUCUCCUAUAUAUCAUCUCCACACACAGUCACAAUAGUUGAAUUCCAAAAUCAAGACAUAAUGGGAUCGACGGAGAUAAUUCCGGCGAGAGUUUCCGGCGAAGAUGAGACCCACCUCUUCGCCAUGCAGCUCGUGAGCGCCUCCGUGUUGCCAAUGGUUCUGAACUCGGCCAUAGAGCUCGACUUGCUCGAGAUUAUGGCCAAGAACGUCGGUUUCUCCGGCCAGAUGUCGCCUUCCGACAUCGCUUCCCAUCUUCCGACCAAGAACCCCGACGCUCCUGCCGUGCUCGACCGUAUUCUCCGGUUGCUGGCUGCGUACUCCGUCCUCACUUGCUCCGUCCGCGGCGUGGAGAGGCUGUAUGGACUCGGCCCUGUAUGCAAGUACUUGAUCAAGAACGAAGACGGCGUCUCCAUCGCUGCUCUCUGUCUCAUGAACCAUGAUAAGGUCAUGAUGGAGAGUUGGUACAAUCUGAAAGACGCAGUGCUCGAAGGUGGAGUCCCGUUCGACAUGGCACAUGGGAAAACCUUGUUUGAGUAUCCGAAGACAGACCCAAGAUUCAACAAAGUGUUCAACGCUGGAAUGUUCAACACUUCCACCAUCACUAUGAAGAAGAUUCUAGAAACCUACAACGGCUUCGAGGGCUUAUCCUCACUGGUCGAUGUCGGCGGCGGGGUCCGAGCCAUCCUCAACAUGAUCGUCUCCAAGUACCCUAACGUCAAAGGCACCAACUUUGAUCUCCCACAUGUUGUCGAGGUUGCCCCUUCUUAUCCCGGUAUAAAAAAUGUCGGAGGAGAUAUGUUCGAAACUGUCCCGAAAGGAGAUGCCAUCUUCAUGAAGUGGAUAUGCCACGACUGGAACGACGAACAAUGCCUAAAACUGUUAAAGAACUGCUACAAAGCUCUUCCGGAUAACGGGAAAGUGAUAGUGGCAGAGUGGAUACUUCCAUUAGUGCGAGACUCGAGCCUCUCGACCAAACUGGCAAUCCACACGGACGUUGUCAUGCUGGCUCUAAACCCCGGAAAAGAACGGACUAAGGAUGAAUUCGAGGCAUUGGCUAGAGGAGCCGGUUUUCAAGGAUUCAAAGUUAUUUGCAAUGCCUUUGGCACUUGCAUCAUGGAGUUCCUCAAGUAGAUUUUUAUUUCUCCAAAUAAAAAAUACUCUAUAUAUGUACAUGGGCUCGGUUCCUUCUCUUGGUCCGACCUUUUAUAUAUACUUAUAUAUAUAUAUAUAUAUAUAUAUAUAUGUAUAACCUAUAUGUAAGUUUGUUACUAUGAGGGCAUAAACUAAAUAAAAAAGAAUAAGAGCCUCGUUUUGUCGCUUAUACAUAUGCGUCCUUGUUUUUAUUCUUCUCCU